UCUCUCUGGCUUGGCGAGUUACCCAAAAAACUUCCCUCUUCCUCAGUGCUUUGCACUCUUCUCUCACAACAGGCGAAGUUUUUGCCUUUCAAUACAUCUGGACCAACAUAGAAGAGAAUUAACAGCUUUUUGCUUUAACCUCCACCACUGGGAAAUUCAGGGAAUCAAAUUCUCUCUUAAAUCUAAGGGUAGUUACUGAGUACCAUUUUAGACGACUGGUUUCCUGAACACACCCUCUGGCACCGAGUCUGCAUUCAACUUGAUUCUGUCCUUCAAGUCAGACCAACAUCUACUGACUUUAGGAUGCCUCUGGGUGGAGGAAAUAAAUGUGGCCGCUGUUCAAAGACAGUUUACUUUGCAGAGGAAGUCCUGUGCGAUGGGCGGAGCUUCCACAAGUCCUGCUUCCUGUGCAUGGUGUGUGGGAAGAACUUGGACAGCACAACUGUAGCUGUCCAUAUGGAUGAAGUCUACUGCAAGGCAUGCUAUGGCAAGAAAUAUGGACCAAAAGGCUAUGGGUAUGGUCAGGGUGCCGGGACCCUCAGCAUGGACAAAGGAGAAUCAUUGGGUAUUAAACAGGAAAUACCUGCCCCUCAUCGCCCAACCACCAAUCCAAACCCCUCUAAGAUAGCACAGAAGUUUGGAGGGUCAGAUAGAUGCCCCCGGUGUGGCAAGGCUGUCUAUGCUGCUGAGAAAGUGAUUGGAGCAGGAAAUUCUUGGCAUAAGAUUGGAUGUUUCACCUGUGCCACAUGUGGGAAAAGUCUUGAGUCGACCACACUAGCUGAUAAGGAAGGAGAAAUCUACUGUAAAGCCUGUUACGGCAAAAACUUUGGUCCCAAGGGAUUCGGGUAUGGACUAGGAGCCGGAGCGUUGGCGCACACCCAGUGAGGUCCAGUGUGGCAUGUCUGCUUCACGCUAAACUACUUUCCAUGCAGACGGCAGCUGCUACAACUAAUCUGGAGGAGGCAUCCUUCAUCCAGCACUGCAUUAGAAAAUUUCUAGAGAUCACAACACAAAGAUUGAAAAUGUUUUUUCCUCUUAAUCCACCACUUUCUGAAAAUCUAGCAGAGUAUGAUCAAAAAAUAGAUCAAUUUAAUCACACUAUGUCUAUUUAAUCAAUCUCUUUAACUGUACACUGACUUGUGCUAAUGCUUUAACUUCAUAUUUAGCAGUUGAA